AUGGAUGGUCGUUCCCGCGCCGGCGCGGGCCCGGGGCUGCUCCCGAAGGUGCAGUUCGCGGCGUUCGUGAGGCGGCACGGGCGGCGGUACUCCGGGCCCGAGGAGUACGCGCGUCGGCUGCGCGUGUUCGCGGCCAACCUGGCCCGCGCGGCGGCGCACCAGGCGCUGGACCCGACCGCGCGCCACGGGGUCACGCCCUUCUCCGACCUCACGCGGGAGGAGUUCGAGGCGCGCCUCACGGGCGUGCGCGCCGGCGGGGACGUCCAGCGGCUCGUGAUGAGUGGCGUGCCGGCCGCCCUGCCGGCCGCGCAGGAGGAGGUGGCGCGGCUCCCUGUCAGCUUCGACUGGCGCGACAAGGGCGCCGUCACCGGCGUCAAGAUGCAGGGCGCGUGUGGGUCGUGCUGGGCGUUCACCACGACGGGCGCGGUGGAAGGCGCCAACUUCCUCGCCACAGGGAAGCUCCUCGACCUCAGCGAGCAGCAGCUGGUCGACUGCGACCACACCUGCAGCGUGGUGGCGCAGAACGAGUGCAACAACGCCCCUACUGGAUCAUCAAGAACUCGUGGGGGAAGCAGUGGGGGGGAGCACGGGUACUACCGCCUCUGCCGCGGCAGCAACGUCUGCGGCGUUGACAGCAUGGUCUCCGCCGUCGCCGUGGCGCCGGCGCCGUGA